GGUGAGUUGCGGGGCGGUAGCGCGCUGUGCGUGUCUCUCAAAAAGUUUCUAAUCGAGCCCCUUUCCCACGUUUUGAUUUAGGUUUGAAUCAAUAACAGCCUUUGGCUUUCUCUUUCCCGUGAACAGAUCGCAACCAUGGGGCGCCGACCGGCCCGCUGCUACAGAUACUGCAAGAACAAGCCCUACCCCAAGUCCCGUUUCUGUAGGGGCGUCCCUGAUCCCAAGAUCAGGAUUUUUGACCUGGGCAGGAAGAAGGCCAAGGUUGAUGAGUUCCCUCUGUGCGGUCACAUGGUCUCUGACGAGUACGAGCAGCUGUCGUCUGAAGCUUUGGAGGCUGCUCGUAUCUGUGCUAACAAGUACAUGGUGAAGACCUGCGGUAAGGAUGGCUUCCAUAUCCGUGUACGUCUGCAUCCCUUCCACGUCAUCCGUAUCAACAAAAUGUUAUCCUGCGCUGGGGCUGAUAGGCUCCAGACUGGAAUGCGUGGCGCUUUCGGCAAGCCUCAGGGCACCGUGGCCCGCGUGCACAUUGGUCAGGUGAUCAUGUCCGUGCGUACCAAGGCACAGAAUAAGGAGCAUGUGGUUGAGGCUCUCCGCAGAGCCAAGUUCAAAUUCCCUGGACGUCAGAAGAUCCACAUCUCCAAGAAGUAUGGCUUCACCAAGUUCAACGCCUGUGACUUUGAUGAGAUGAUGGCCGAGAAGCGUCUGAUUCCUGAUGGCUGUGGGGUGAAGUACAUCCCCAGCAGAGGCCCUCUGAACCGCUGGAGGGCCCUGCAUGCCAACUAGAGCCCCUGCCUGCUCAGUGACCACACAAAGCAAGCAAAUAAAAGUGGAUUUGAUAACAAAA